UUGUUAAUCAUGUAUCAAGUGACCAGCUUAUCGAUUGCCGAUAAACCAUAUUACACAAUAAUCUGUCGUUAUAUUGAAAAGGAUUCUCAAAAGAAGCGGAAAUUGGUUCUGCCAAUUCGUGAAUUAAAAACAUCACCAAUUGAUGUCUUGUCUCAUUUCCAAGCUAUUGGAACCAAAAUCCGUACUAAACAUGCAACUUUACUCAACUCGAUUGACAACAAUUUACUAAUUAAGUGUUUACUUGUCGGCUAUUAUCAUUCAACUGGAUCAACAGAGUCACAAUCAAUCAAAUUAGCAGAUAAAUUGAUGAAAAGUGAAGUUCGGACCAACAAUCGACGAGUAUCAUUCCGAGAACCACCAGAAGCAAUUAAAUACGAUGACAUUGAUUACGAUGAAGAUGAAGAUAAUAAUGACAAUUUAAAAUCUAAAACCAAGGAAUCAGUUUCUCCAAAUAUUGAUGAGUACGAUGAAGAUGAUGAUGAUUUUGCCUUUUAAAGAUUAAAACUGAGAUGUGAUAUUAAUAA